UCAAAGUUUGUUUUGGGUAGUGCAGCGGUAUUCUUCUCUCUUUUUAAAGUAUAUUCCAAUUCUUUUUAAAAAGGAAAAGUUCUUCUUCAAUAAGAAAAGAAAAGAAAAGAAAAUUAACAUAAAUCUGGUCUCCCCGCCUUAAGAAAGCGCCUUGCGCUAGAAUUUUCUCGGAAAUACAGUCUCUUUUCCCCGGAAGAGCAAAUCAAAACUUCUAGGGAAAUGACGGAAAAAUUCUGAAUUAUGUCAAUGUUCAAAUUGCCAUUCCCAAAAUGAGGGGAUCGUUUUGGGCUGACGAUGCUAACACUCCCUCAACCUCCAACUCCAAUCCUCCCAUUUCUUCACGCCGUCACAGUGGUAAUUACAAAAUUAAGAAUGUGUAUGGAUUGCUAGCGCAGAGAGAAGUUUGUCCACGUGCAAAGCAUGCGUCUAAAAAGCUGUGGAAGGAUUCCACCGAUCAGCGUCUCGAUCCUCAAUCAGCUAAAGAUGCAAGGCGCGGUCUCAUUUCGUGGGUUGAGGCAGAAUCUUUGCAGCAUUUAUCGGCUAAGUAUUGUCCACUGUUGCCUCCUCCCAGAUCAACCAUAGCUGCUGCCUUUAGUUCUGAUGGAAAAACUCUUGCUUCUACACAUGGGGAUCACACUGUAAAGAUUAUUGAUUGUCAAACAGGAAAGUGCUUAAAGGUCUUAAGCGGUCAUCGGAGAACACCUUGGGUGGUUAGAUUCCAUCCUUUGUGUCCAGAAAUACUAGCAAGUGGAAGCUUGGAUCACGAAGUUCGUUUAUGGAAUGCAAAAACUGCAGAGUGUAUAGGAUCUCAUGAAUUCUACCGUCCAAUUGCUUCAAUUGCCUUUCAUGCUCAUGGGGAGCUUCUUGCUGUAGCAUCUGGUCACAAGCUAUACAUAUGGCAAUAUAACAAGAGAGGGGAGACAUCCUCACCGCCACAUGUGCUGAGGACACGUCGUUCGCUUCGUGCUGUGCAUUUUCACCCACAUGGCGCUCCACUUCUCUUAACAGCAGAGGUAAAUGACCUUGACUCAUCUGAAUCCUCAAUGACACUUGCAACUUCUCCGGGGUACUUGUGCUAUCCUCCUCCUACUGUAUAUUUGGCAGAUACUCAUUCUGGUGGCGGCUUGCGUUUAGGAGAUGAACUACCAUUAAUGUCCUUGCCCUUUCUAAUAUCAUUUGCUAGAGGUGGCAGAAUACCUGUGCAGCAAAUUGAUAGAGAUGUUGGGUCAAGUCGUGGGCAGCAAAGACUUGAUCACCCCACUUCUGUACGGCUUCUGACAUAUUCAACGCCAUCAGGGCAGUAUGAGCUUCUGUUGUCUCCAAUUGAACCAAACAGCUCAUCUCCUGUACCAGAAGAAACAAGGCCUGAUUCUUUCAUGGGUGACAUGGAUAAUGAAACUCCUCAAUUUGUAAUGGAUACAGCUGAGACUGCAGAAGUACAGAGUGUAGAAAGAAACAAUCACAUCUCUCCCUUUGGUGAUCAACUCCACUGGGAAGUUCCUUUCUUGCAUGGAUGGUUAGUUGGUCAGAGCCAAGCAGGGCGCCGCACUAUCGCUUCACCUAAUGGUUUGGCUAACGAAAAUUUAACUGCAUAUGGCGAAAUAGAAAACCGUGUGUCAUCUCCUGUAAUUCCGCCCAAUAUUGGUCAAUCUAGGGGCAGUGGGAGAUCUGGUCCACGUUAUCGAUCUUCACAGCCCCAAACAAUCCCUGUAACUGGGUCUGGUGAAAGUACUGCUUCUGGUUAUAUGGUCCAUAAUGAACAUGAUGCUCUGCCUGCUUCUAGCAGAAUCCGAUCUGAACUUGCUACAUCUCUGGCUGCUGCUGCUGCUGCAGAGUUACCUUGCACUGUCAAGUUAAGAAUUUGGCCUUAUAAUAUAAAGGACCCUUUCACCCCUCUUGAUACAGAGCGCUGUCGCUUAACUAUACCACAUGCUGUACUUUGCAGUGAAAUGGGUGCCCAUUUUUCACCUUGUGGGAGAUUUUUAGCUGCCUGCAUUGCAUGUGUGCUACCUCAUCUGGAAGCUGAUCCUGGGUUACAAGGCCAGGUGCUCCAUCAUAAUGCAGGGGCUGCAACAUCUCCAACACGGCAUCCAAUUUCAGCCCAUCAAGUUAUGUACGAGCUUCGGAUAUAUUCCCUUGAGGAGACAACAUUUGGUUUGGUGCUUGCAUCCCGUGCAAUCAGAGCAGCUCACUGCUUAACUUCAAUUCAGUUCUCUCCCACUUCGGAGCACUUACUACUUGCCUAUGGUCGUCGCCAUGGUUCACUUCUAAGAAGUGUUGUCAUUGAUCGGGAGGCUACAGUUCCAAUUUACACUAUUCUUGAGGUCUACCGAGUUUCUGAUAUGGAACUUGUCAAUGUUCUUCCUAGUGUAGAAGAUGAAGUUAAUGUUGCAUGCUUUCAUCCUUCAAUUGGAGGUGGGCUUGUAUAUGGGACUAAGGAAGGGAAGCUUAGAAUCCUCCAUUAUGAUAGCUCUCAUGAUGCAAAUUAUGCGACAUCCUCUUUACUUGAUGAGCACAUGCUUGAAUCAGAAGCAAUGACAAAUGUCCCAACAUAUGCAUUAGAGUGCUAAUUACUAGACCUCAGACGUCAUGUGACUUGCAGACUUUUAAAUGGUGAGUAUCUAUCGCUCAUAUGACUACUUCUUAUAGUUAAUUGCUGGAAGAAGUUGGCAGUGUGUUUUCUCCUACAACAGUAAACUCAAACCACACUUCAUGUUGAUUGUGUUUGUAUUGUAUUCUUUCAAAGUUACCUUGGAACUAAUCUUUUUCAUAUUUAUAGAAGAAUGUUGUACCAUCAGGGAAAUGAUCUGAUUUAGAAUUAGGACAAUCAGUUCCUAGAAAAAUGUCUUAAUUGGAUGUUAAAUUGUGUUCACUCUGUUUGUAGAGUAAUGCUGGCAGUGACAGGGGAAAAACAACGGGUUUUGAUCCUGAAAAUUGUUGUUUUGUGAUAUUCUUUUGAAGGCUAGAACGGAAAAAAUCCUAUUCAAUUAAAUAUUUUUCUUUCCCUUUGUA